AUUAAAAAAAACACAAUCUUUGAAUGAAUUCUCCAAGGUUGUCUCUUUUCUUCUCUGUUUUCGAGUGAUUCUAUUUUCCAACGAGAAGUAACGAAGCGUUGAUGAUGCGGAAAUCGAAGUGGCAGAACCCACAGACGCCGAGGAUUCUUCAGUUGCCACGUAGGCAUAGUGUUCGACGGAAUGCUUCAAAGGGUUUGAAGACAACGCUUUCUUCGUCGUCUCAGAAGGAUCAGAGAGUGAAAUUGGAGGUUCUGUUUCAUCAAGAGAGGAUUUUUGAUCGAGGGGCAUCAAUGGUGAUGGUGAAUGAGGAGGAAGAAGGAAGGAGAAGAGGGAAAGUUGCAGAUGGGAGAGAGAUAGGUGGGUCUGGGUUGUCUUCUUCGGUAGAUGAAGUUGAGGAGGCUAAGUGGAGGUUUCAAGCGGAGAUGUUGAGAUCAGAGUGUAAUUUGUUAAGAAUAGAAAAAGAGAUUGCUUUGAAGAAGAUGGAGAGGAGGAAGAAGCGAAUGGAGCGGACGCUGAAAUCUGCUGUUCGUACUCUUCUCUCUGGGAAACAGAGAAUCUCUGAAGGGAAGAAAGAGAGCAAGGUUUUGGAAGAUGAGAUAAGCUAUUUGGUUGAGAAACUGAAUGAGUUAAAGUCUCCAAAGGUUAAGGACAUGGAAGCUAGAAACUUCAGACAUAAUUUUGAUAAGCAAGCUUCUGUUUUAAGAAGAGAGCUAGAGAGGUUCGAUGAAGCAGUUUCCGAAGAGGUUUGUGUCAAAGGGAUUCAGAAAAUGGCAGAAGCUAGCUUCUCGGUCCAUUCUGAUCAAAGCGCUCUUAGGAACAAUAAUGGAAAUAUAGAUACAUUGAGUAGUAAAAUGGAGGCGUUAUCGAAAGGGGUUUUGUUGGAAAGAAUGGAGAAGGAAUAUGGAUCGAGUCUCGUUGCACCGUCUUCAAGCUCUGUACAAGACAUGUAUAGUAAGGCAAUUAAAGCACACGAGGAAAAGAAAGACUGUUCUAGACACUGCAAAGCAGUAAUGAGGAAGAUCGCGGAUGAAGUCAGAGCUGAAGCAGAGCAAUGGUCACAAAUGCAAGAGAUGUUGAAUCAAGUGAGAAAAGAAAUGGAGGAACUUCAAUCUUGUCGUGAUUUCUGGCAAAACCGCGCUCUCGAGUCAGAUUCCGAGAUACAAAAUCUACAUUCCUCAGUUGAAGGAUGGCGAAGAAAGGCAAUAUCAUCAGAGGCAAAGUUGAAAAACCUACAAGAAGAGGUUUGCGGUUUACAAGAAGAGAUCAAGAGACUGAGGAAGGAAGAUAAGUUAGAACCAGAGAAGAACAAAUUGCCAUCAGAGUCAGAGAAGAGAGUAUUGAUUUGUCGGUUGAAAGAAAACCGACAUAGCAACAAUGGAGAUUGGUCUAAGUAUAGUGAAGGAAGAACAACAAAACCGUCGACCUCGAGACCGCCUUUGAGGGAAGUUAAGAACAGUUCAGUCACAACAAGGCAGAGAAACUCCAAUGUCAUCAAAAUAUCUGAAAGAAGAAUGAGCAGCGAAGAAGAGAAGACAGUGUGUGUGACAGGAGCUUCAGGUUACAUUGCUUCAUGGAUCGUUAAGCUUCUCCUUCUCCGUGGCUACACCGUUAAAGCCUCUGUUCGCGAUCCAAAUGAUCCGAGGAAAACAGAGCAUUUGCUUGCAUUGGAAGGAGCAGAGGAAAGGCUUAAAUUGUUCAAAGCAAACUUGUUAGAAGAAGGCUCUUUUGAUUCAGCAAUCGAUGGUUGCGAAGGAGUUUUCCACACCGCAUCGCCAUUCUAUCAUGACGUCAAGGACCCUCAGGCUGAGUUACUUGAUCCAGCAGUGAAAGGAACAAUCAAUGUUCUUAGCUCUUGUUUGAAGACUUCCUCUGUUAAGAGAGUUGUCUUAACCUCAUCUAUAGCAGCUGUUGCUUUCAAUGGAAUGCCUCGAACACCCGAGACCAUAGUUGACGAAACUUGGUUCGCCGAUCCUGACUAUUGCAGAGCUUCCAAGCUAUGGUAUGUACUCUCGAAGACAUUAGCUGAAAACGCAGCGUGGAAAUUCGCGAAAGAGAAUGAUUUACAGCUGGUUUCGAUAAAUCCAGCUAUGGUGAUUGGUCCUCUCUUACAGCCAACGCUAAACACUAGCGCUGCUGCAGUACUAAGCUUGAUCAAAGGAGCACAAACGUUUCCUAAUGCGACGUUCGGGUGGGUUAACGUUAAAGAUGUAGCGAACGCUCAUAUUCAAGCGUUUGAGAAUCCAACUGCUGAUGGGAGAUACUGUUUAGUGGAGAGAGUUGCCCAUUACUCUGAAGUUGUUAACAUUUUGCAUGAUCUUUACCCUGAUUUUCAACUCCCUGAAAAGUGUGCAGAUGAAAAGAUAUAUAUUCCAACAUAUAAAGUGUCUAAAGAGAAAGCAGAGUCUCUUGGGGUUGAGUUUGUGCCAUUGGAAGUUAGCAUUAAAGAGACUGUAGAGAGCUUGAGAGAUAAAGGGUUCAUCAGAUUCUGAGUUCCAUCCACAAAACCAGAACCAGACUUGGAUCUGUUUGUGUUUUACUCCCAAGUUUUCUUUUAAUGUGUUUUUUCUUUUACUUAAUUCAAAUAUGGAGUGUUGCCUUUGAUAUUAUGAACAUUAUUUCAUCAUUUUGGACUGAUAUUUGUAUUGGAAUGAAGUUUCCUUUUUAAAGUGGUUACAUUUCAGUGGAAUAUAAUAAAGCCAAUUGUCAAUU